CGGACGAGAUUAUUGGGCAAGGUAGACGUGUUGUGAUUAUUGACUUCAAGUUUUCGCCGCCAAAUCCGAUGAUCGAACGUAGAAAACAAGAGCCUGUUAAACAUCCAUUGAUAAAGCUCAAAUCAAUUGUGUAGUACUUCGCUUGCUGCAAUUCAUGCAAAAUACGAUAGAAUGUGGCUACGUAGUGAAAAUAGAGAUCGCCGCCUGCGCUCAAGUAGUUCCCGAGCUACUCCCAAAUUAAAAUCAUGCCUUAAAGUGUCAAGUUCCAAGGCAAAAAAAGCUGUACAUUCAGUGCUGGUAACGUCGUCCAAUCGGCGAUCAGUUGCCAAAGUUAAUUUUGCAUCCAAAUGCAGAGCGGGUGGAAAAUGCGUUGCGGUUUCGUCUACCACUGCUGCAGAACUGGCCAUACCGGUUAAAAAUGUCCAAAGUAAUAUAGAAACACAAACAGGCGAAAUUCAGAAGCCUAUGCUGCGAAACCGCCGUGGAAAACCAAAUUCAUCACCCCUUCACAGUACCACCAUUCCCGAGGAAUGCAAAGAAAACAGAUUCUGCUGGCAGGAUAACGAAAAUAUUACUCUGUUCGCUGGGGUGGCUUCCGCCGAUAAGAAUAAUUGUGAUGAUUUGUCAGGGAACUCCACGAGGCCGGAGCUUCUUCCAGGAUGCAGUUCGAGUAACGGUAUUGCCACUCGUAACGUUGAUUAUGCCACGGACAAGAUACCUAGAUCGGAAGGCGUAUUCUCCGCAAACGACACUGGCAGUUUGAGCUCGUCCAAAGAAAAUAUGAGUCAGCUUCGGUUAAUGGCGUACAAUUCUGUUAAAAGCUCUCUCUUAGAUUACUCGAGUGCACAAUCAAUAAGUUCAUCUUGUUCAAUGAAAGGGAAUUCAGCAAUAACACAACAACAGUCGCAUCAACUGUUCGCGGCCUCCAAGUGUAUUACGGAAUGCGACAGCACGACAACGGAAUUAGAUAUUCCGAUCCGAGUUAACGACGAACAUGCUGCGGAUCAUAUGUCAUGUCCCGGGGAAUUUGCGAAGAGAAGUGGAUCUGCUUCCUGUCCAUCGUUGGCUAUCGUUGUGCCCGAGGUAGACUCUACUACCGACACAGUACAACCGUACUCGUCCGGGUCUAGCUGUCCCGAGGAUGUAACCCCAUAUACUCUGAAAGAACCCUUUUCGCUGUUGCUGUCUUCGGUGACAAAUUUGGCCCCUUCAUCUUCUUCAUCAUCGUCAUCCAUAGUUUCGUCGGCUACAUCUAUGUCGACGUCCUCGUCCAUGUCUGGUGGUCAACCUGUGUCACGUACAAACAAUUCAGUUCCAGCUUCCGGAUACGAUGAUAAACUGCAACAGUCCAACUUUUCGGCGGGAAACGGCGGAGACCUAGCAGUUGCUUCUGAUUUAAUUUCUAUGUUCGAUGAAGAACACUACCGAGGUGCAGCAGAACUGGGACAGUAUAACGAUUAUUCGUAUAAUGUGCUGCUGACACAAGCGUUGCUCAGCUGUGGUGAUGUGGCUGGAUUAAAUUUGACGGACAGCCAGGGUGAUUUGGGCAAUACGAAUGAUACCCAAUUUAUCUCCUCACUCAAUUCGACGGCCAUUGAGAAUCUGAAAGCACUAAGUACAUUCACGAACAUGGGACAUAUGGAUUCAAUGUUGGACCAGGGCGCUAGCAGCAGCACGGGCCCGCACAAGGCCUACUUACCUGAGUUUAAUCACGGAAAUCACAGCUCCGACCAGCAAUCUUUGAUUCAUAACAUCGAGUGCAAUGAGUCCGUUACAAUGUGUGGUAACCAUGACGAAUUGUCUUCUGCACAGCUUGAAAAUCAUGAACGUAUAGAAAUGGAGGAGGUGUGUGACGAGCAGCACGAUGAUGCGGCAUAUCGGGUCUUCGAUCCAUACUAUUUCAUCAAACACUUGCCACCGCUUACAUGUGAGAUGCGCUCCAAGUGUCCAGCAUUACCACUCAAAACACGAUCUAGUGCAGAGUUUAGCCUUGCAUUGGACUUGGACGAAACGCUGGUGCAUUGCAGCUUAGUGGAGCUUUCGGAUGCCAGUUUCAAGUUCCCGGUGAUAUUCCAAGAGAACAAAUAUACCGUGUUUGUUCGCACAAGACCCUAUUUCCGUGAGUUCUUAGAGAAAGUAUCAACACUUUUCGAAGUGAUAUUGUUCACUGCAUCGAAACGAGUUUACGCCGACAAACUUCUCAAUUUACUCGAUCCGGAACGUCGACUUAUCAAAUACCGUUUAUUCCGGGAACAUUGUGUGCUAGUCAACGGCAAUUAUAUUAAGGACUUAACUAUCCUUGGUAGAGAUCUUUCUAGAACAAUAAUAAUUGAUAACUCGCCACAAGCAUUUGGCUACCAGUUAGAUAAUGGAAUACCAAUUGAAAGUUGGUUCGAAGACCAGAGUGACUCAGAGUUAAUGAAAAUACUACCCUUUUUGGAGCGUUUGGCCGAAAUGCGUGAAGAUGUUCGACCUCAUAUUCGGGAAAAAUUCAGACUCUUUUCGUACCUACCACCAGAUUAAAAACAAUUACAUCCGCGGUUUCUAAUUGACAUGCUUAGAAAACCAUUUGAUUGUAUCAUUUUAGUUUAAUCAAACUGUUGUAAGUUUGCACGGUUGCCAGCAUUGAUUUGAUGGCGAAAUCGUGAUAACCGGCUAUUGAAAGAGCAACAUAUUAAUAGCAAACAUUCUUCACACCAAUGUAUUAGAAACUCUUUAAUAUGGCUUUAUAGUUCCCUCGUACAGUUCUGUUCUGGAAAUAGCACUAUACAGGUAGCACAAGUUCAUUCAAUGUUUUCACACAUAAAAGCAUGAUCCAUGUUUUACACUAAUAUAAAUAAAACGAUAAUUCUUUCUUUUUCAUUUGUAAAAUUGAACCGAUGAAGCAUUAAAUAAUGGUACAAUACGUGCGAAAGCUUGCUUAGCAAUCCGUUUAGCUAUAAUAAUAUAUCAAGUAUUUCUAUUGGUCAAAAGAACAAUGUUGAAUUAUUCUUUUAACUUUUUAUUUAACUGGUUAAGCAUAAAUCAAAAUUGAGGGAUUGUGGAAUGAACAAACGGAGAGCCAUUGAUCGUGUUGAUAAUAAAAUAUAAUUGAUUAUAUUUUGAAUAAUCAUAACGCAAUAUUGCAUUGACACAUACGAAAUAUUACAUUGACUAUUAGAGUUUAUUGCUCCCCUAAUCACACGUUCAAUAGACCUUUAAAUCAAUAAAAAUAUGUAGAGCUCACAUAGUUUCAGUGUAAAUAAAACUAUUGUAUU